CUUUUUUGAGUGCUCUGCUUACUCCUCUUCCCCCAACUCUUUCUCCCCAAAAGCCAAUACCUUUUCUCUAGCUCCCUAAAUUCUUCUCCCCUGGCCCCCUUCCCUGCCCUCCUCUCCCUCUUCUGUGGCCGGAGUAGCGAAUUAGCGGCCACGAAAGGAAUUUCUUAUCUGAUCCCCACCUUAAUAUUUGUAUCACCGUUUCCGCUUUUCCCAAACCAUCCCCGAGUUUUGGCUUUUUCUAUAGUUUUCAAAGAAGAAGAAGAAAAGGUCCGUGGGGGCAUUUUCGGCAAAGAGAAAAAAUUCCAAUAAAAUUUGGAUGAUGCAUGUGGGUUGACGUGGCAUGCGCAUAUCGAGCCAUGAGUGCAACCACGAUGAACCACUCACGUCGUCAGAUUUUGACGCCCGGGCCGUCAAACAAUAAACGGAAAGAGCGAGACGGUCUUGACGGUUUCAAGCCGUCAGCAAUAACGACAAAGAGCUUAGCCAAGCCCAGCAUUCACCGAGCCCCCACGCCGCUUAGUAAUAAAUCUACGUCGGCAUCCGCGGUGCCUCCCAAGCAGCAGCAGCCGGCUUGCAACAACCAGCUCUUGGCCGGCUAUUUAGCCCACGAGUUCCUCACCAAGGGGACUUUAUUUGGGGAGCCGUGGGACCCGGCUCGAGCCGAGGCCGUCCCCGUGUCUUCUUCAGCUCCCACCAGAGGUAGCGGUGGACCUGGUAAAGCUUACAAUACUGGUAGUAGUAGUGGUACUAAUAACAAGGAGAAGAGGAAAGCCGAGCCUGCGCCGGGGCCGAGCGAGAAAGACGAGAAGCGAGUGGAGAAGCAACAGAGGUACCUGGAAGUAGCGGAUUUGCUCAAGGGGGAUGGGGCCCACGCCCAUCUACCGGGCAUCGUCAAUCCUACACAGCUCGCCCGUUUCUUACAGCUAGGCUAAUUGCCGCUCGUUGGCGUGGUAUCUGGACUCUGGAGGAGGGCAACUCUCGAAGGGACACGUGGGGGAAUCUGAUUGGAUGCCCUACUUCUCCAAUUAAAAGUUCAUGAUAUUAGCGAUAAACAUUUUGGGAAACGAGUUACUCGAGGCAGGGUGGCCCUCCUCGCCAAGUCCCUCCCUCCCUCGGCCUGUAAGGGCCAAUGCUGUAAAAUAAUUCCAUGAUAAUUGGGGGAGGCCUGAGGAGGAGGAGGAGGAGGAGAAGAGAAAGAGAGUGACGAUUAGUGAACAGGCUCUCUCGUCUUCUCGCUCUUUCCCUUCGUCUUUUUGGUUCUCUUCUUCUGGGGGCAUUUGAAAUGCUUUUAAUUUUGAAUCGAUGUCUUGUACUCUCGGAUAGUAGCAGCAGAAUCAAUUGUAUUGGAGGUUGGUAGUUGCUUUCUCUGUACGAGCAGUAAGUACUCUAUUCUUGUUGUGCUUGUGCAUUUAUACAAUCAAUUGUCCCCGCUUGUACGUA